AAAACCCACAGUCAAAUUUGAAAAUUUCCCUUAUAUAGUAAGCCGUUGUGUUGUUAGGUCCUAAAUACUAGUCGUAAGUAGUGGCGUACAGAAAUCCGUGUGGGCGGGGCGAUUAUAUCACCAUCACCAUCAUAUAAAUAGAGAAAGAAGAGAAACUCUGGCGAUUGAAACAGAGAGGCAGAUUGCAGCAAAAAGAGGAAGAGAGAAAAGGAAAAAACAGAGGAGGGAGAGAAAGUUACCCUUUUCCCCUUCCUUUUGUUCUCUCCCAUUUUCCAGACUUUUAAAACCAUAAAUCCCAGCUGGGUAUCGAGUUAAUAGUUACAAUCCAACACCACUGUGAAAAAGUUUCGAUCUUGGCUGUUUUUUACUCCUUUUGGGGGGAAGAGAAAGAGGAGCUGUCUCGCUCUAUAUAGGAACAAAGGAUGAGAGCUUUAUCCAUUUCCAGCUAGCUACGAUAGCUAGUUAGUUUUAUCCCUAAAGCUUCUGGCUUCUGCUGUUUAUCUUGUACGUAACUCUUUCUCUUUCUCUCUCAGUAAAUUCUGGAUAUGGGGGUUUGAUGAUCUGUGUGUUCUAGUUCUCAUCUCCCUCGAAUUCUCAGCUGGCAAUUCUGUGCCCAGAGCUCAUUUCUGCUAGUACCUCCUCCGUUUUCUGUUCUUUAGAUGUGAUUACAAUUACAUUUGUUUCUUGUUAGCUUUGUUAAUGUUUAUGGAAGAUGGUAAUUAACGACAAGAAUAAAAGAUGUCAUCAUCUUUAUAUCUGUGGUCUACGUCUUUUCCCUUCUGGGUUUUGGUUGGUAUCUGAGAAAAAGAUUUUUAAGAGGAAGGAAAUGAAGCCGGGGGAAUUUUUGUGGUCUAAAUACCUUUUGCUUCACUUCUCUCUUCUGGGUUGUGUUUGGUUGCUGAGAAAGUUAGAUUCUUUGGAAGAUAAAUUACUUUCCCAUGUAGAGGAACUAGAAGCAAAAUUAAAAAGCUUUUCCGCCAUCCUUCAUUCCUCUUCUUCCCAGGACCAACUUGCACAUAGAUUAGAGAAGAAAAUGGUAAUCCAACUUGAGGACCCACUUGUGUUUGUUGGGUUGAUUAAUCAGUUCAAUUUGCCAUACCUCUCUCUCUCUCUCUCAGCAACCAAACAAACCCCAGAAAGUGGAAACUGCUAAUUAGGAAAAUGGCAAGAGUCUCCAUCCCUAGUUGUAGAGGUGUAUAAAAGGAGACACCAUAUACAUUCUUGAUCAGCAGUUCAAUUUCUCUCAAAAUGGGGCAUCUUUCUGCAAUGUUCAAGCUUGCACGGUCUCUCUCUAUGAAGAAAAGCAAGAACUUUUGUGGGGAUGGGGAUAAUGGUGGAGGUGGUGGCAGAGAGGCCGCGAAAGCCAUGGAGAAAGAAGCUAAGAAGAAUGAGUUGAUCUUGAGAUCGUCUGGUUGUGUUAAUGUUGCUGGUUCCAAUAACUUGGCCUCGUUGUUCUCGAAGAGGGGAGAGAAGGGUGUUAAUCAGGAUUGCUUCAUCGUUUGGGAGGAAUUCGGUUGCCAAGAGGACAUGACAUUCUGCGGGAUAUUCGACGGGCAUGGACCAUGGGGACAUUUUGUGGCCAAGAAAGUUAGGGAAUCACUGCCAUCACACCUGCUGUGCAACUGGCAAGAAGCCUUAGCUGCGGCUGAAUCCUCUUCGGUCGAUUAUCUUCUUGACGAAAUCGACUUGGGAUCUGAUAAAAAGCUCCAGAGAUUCAACAUGUGGAAGCAUUGCUACUUAAAGACAUGUGCUGCUGUGGAUCAGGAGCUGGAGCAGCACCGCAGGAUUGAUUCCUUCCACAGUGGCACCACCGCCUUGACCAUCGUCAGACAGGCAAGUGAAAUGGGGGGAGAGUUGCUUUAUAUAGCCAAUGUGGGAGAUUCUAGAGCUGUUUUGGCCACAUCAGAAGAUGGAAUUUUGGUGCCUGUCCAGCUUACUGUAGACUUCAAGCCCAGCCUACCUCAAGAGGCAGAGAGGAUAGUGGAAUGCAAGGGCAGAGUGUUCUGCCUCGGCGACGAGCCAGGGGUCCAUAGGGUCUGGCUACCGGAUGAAGAAUCGCCAGGGCUCGCAAUGUCUCGAGCUUUCGGAGACUACUGCAUCAAGGAUUUCGGUCUCAUCUCCGUGCCCGAAGUGACCCAGAGGCACAUUUCCAGUAAAGACCAGUUCGUGAUCAUGGCGACGGAUGGAGUGUGGGACGUGGUGUCGAACCAGGAAGCUGUGCAGAUCGUAUCGUCGGUGACGGACAGGUCGAAGGCGGCCAAGUGCCUGGUGAAGGCCGCGAUGAAGGCCUGGAGGCGGCGGAGGAGAGGGAUUGCCAUGGAUGACAUCUCUGCUGUUUGCUUGUUCUUGCAUUCUCCCCCUCCACCUCCUCCUUUUGCCGCCACAAAGAUGGGUUGAGACAAAAAUUGGAGAUUCUGUUCUGUUUUGUAAAUUGGGCCACAAAAGAGGGUAGUCGUUGCUUUCCGUGGGUCUCUUUUAAGUUUUAUGGCCAACUACUAGACUUCGUAGGAAAACCAACCAGUCUCAAGAACAUAUCAGACUGCCCAGAAUAUGAAAAGGGUCACCUCAAAAAACACAAUUACAAGCCGGUUUCAACGAGAAUUGAAAGAGAACAAGCCGCUGACAAAUCCAG